AUCACAUCUCUCUCCCUCUCUCUGUCUCAUCUCAUGGUUGGGUCUCCCUCGCACAUCAAAUGAAACUACUCACUUCUACAGCCUCACCACCAUUCCUCUCCAUUAUGUUUUCCAGUUUCUUCUCACUGCCCAUUCUGCUUCUCUUCUCUCUCCCUUCAUUUUCUUCUGUUCCCGUCACCAAUGCAAGCAAACAGCCACCGCCAACAGCAAACCAGAGUCUCCUGUCAACUGACGACAUGCUUCCCUCGGAGGCUCAGACCCUUUUCAAGAUCAUGGACUCUUUGUCCUCUGAUCAUUCCUGGAGCACUUCUUACCCCAACCCUUGUAAGCCUGGUUCAACUUGGCCCGGAAUUGAGUGCCGGCUUGGACCAGAUGAUCUCCUCCAUGUCUCCAGGCUUGAUUUUGGUACUAGUCCCAACCCAACAUGCAAGAGCACAGCUACAUUUCCCAACCAAAUAUUUGCUCUUCCUUAUCUUCUAUCUGUUUUCUUCUUGAACUGUUUUACUCAAACCAAGACCCUUCUCUCUAUUCCACCAAAUAUACUUACAAAUUCUUCGCUUCAACAGCUUAGUCUUAGAUCAAAUCUAGCGCUUGUUGGUCCAAUCCCGUCUCAGAUUUCCUCCCUGAUGUCCUUGCAAAUUCUUACGUUGUCACAAAAUCGCCUUUCUGGGUCUAUUCCUGCUGAGAUUUUCAGGUUGAGCUCUUUGGUACACCUUGAUUUGAGCUAUAAUAUUCUCACCGGUGCCAUACCGAUUGAAUUGGGUAAUCUUACAAAUCUAGUGGGUCUUGAUCUAAGCUAUAACUCGCUUACUGGCACAAUUCCAGACACGAUUGGCCAACUAGGUUUGCUUCAAAAACUUGAUUUGAGUUCAAAUUCACUUAAUGGUAGUAUUCCAGACAGCAUAGAGCAACUGAGUUCGCUGGCUUUCAUGGCUUUGAGUGACAACAGAUUCAGUGGAAAUUUUCCAGCUGGAUUGCCAAAUUUACAGAGCUUGCAGUACUUUAUCAUGGAUGACAAUCCAAUAAAUAUUCCUUUGCCAGUAGAGUUUGGUAAGCUCGUGAAACUACAAGAGCUAAGGCUUGCAAAUUCAGGGUAUUCUGGCACUAUUCCACCCAGCUUUUCCCUGCUGAUGAAUCUAAGCACCCUGUCGCUUCAGAACAACAGAUUGAUUGGUGGAAUUCCAGAAGGUUUUGGCAGUCUCUCUCACAUUUACCACUUGAAUCUUAGCAGAAACUUGCUGGGAGGAGUUGUGCCUUUCAAUGGAAGUUUCUUCAAGAGGCUAGGAAGGAAUUUAGAUCUAAGUGGUAAUCCAGGCCUAUGUUUGAGUCCAACUCAAGCAUACAAUGUCAAGAUUGCAACUGAAGUUGGUGUCUGUGGCACCAGCAAGAAUGGCUCUUUGAUGAUGAAAUCUCAAGCUUCUCAUGGGUUCUCCAAAUCAUUCUUUCUAUUUGGUGGCCUGCUUGUUCUUGGAUUGAACCCAGUAUUAAUUCUAGUAAGAUAUUAAUUAACUUUGCUGGUAUCCUGUAUCUCUUAUUUUUAUUUUUAUUGUUAUGGUAGUUCUUGUAAAAAAAUCAGUAAUGGCAUCUGAUAUGAUAGAACUUGAUAAAGGCUCUCAAA